GUGGCGGGGACCGUGGGCAUCAAAACAAUGAUUCCUCCGGGGGAAUGCCUAUAUGCUGGGAGGAAAAGGAGGAAACCCAUUCAGAAACAAAGGCCUGCAGUCGGGAAUGAAAAAUCAAAUCCUUCAAAGAGACACAGGGACCGUCUGAAUGCAGAACUGGACCAUCUGGCCAGCCUGCUGCCUUUUCCACCUGACAUCAUAUCGAAGCUGGACAAACUUUCCAUCCUCCGCCUUAGUGUCAGCUAUCUCCGAGUCAAAAGUUUCUUUCAAGCCAUUCAAGAAAAGCACUUUAAGAAGCAAGUUGUCCAAGCAAUAAAAGAAGACAAUAUAUCUAACAAAACUGCUGUACAAGAAGGUGGACUUCUACUAGAAUCACUGAACGGUUUUGCUUUGGUGGUGAGUGCAGAUGGAAUGAUAUUUUAUGCGUCAUCAACCAUUGUGGACUAUCUAGGAUUCCAUCAGACUGAUGUAAUGCACCAAAACAUAUAUGAUUACAUUCAUGUGGAUGAUCGCCAGGAUUUCUGUAGACAACUGCACUGGGCCAUGAAUCCUCCCCAGAUGUUGUCUGGACAGCAACUACAGACAGAAACAGGAGAAGAAUAUAUUCUCAGUAAAUUGUUUAAAGCACAAGAGAAUGACAGCAUGACAACAGAUUAUUCUUCCUUCUUAACUCGUUGUUUCAUCUGUCGAGUUCGCUGCUUGUUGGACAGUACUUCUGGCUUCCUUACAAUGCAGUUCCAAGGCAAACUAAAGUUUCUUUUUGGACAAAGGAAGAAGUCCUCAUCAGGAACAGUACUGCCACCUCAGCUGUCCUUAUUCUGCGUAGUGGUACCACUUCUACUCCCUUCUGUGACAGAGAUGAAGAUGAAAAGCCUGCUUGUGAAAGCAAAACACAAAGCUGAUGACGCAGCAUCAGUGAAUACAAACUCCAGUUCCAAGGGUAAUUCAGGGCUGUGUGAAGCAGCAGAAUUAUAUGGAAGAAACAGUCAUCAUGAAGGCGCCGCUUUUACUAAUGUGUUACAGAUUGCUGAAAACCAAAUCAAAGCAAAGAAUAAUGGAGAAAAUGGCAUUUCUCUAGUCAAAGUACAAACAAAUGAAGAUCACUGGGUCUGGGUUCAAGCUAAUACUCAACUUCUAUAUCGAAGUGGUUGUUCAGAAUAUGUCCUUGCCCAACAGCAAAUGUUAAAGGAAGAAGAUGAACAACUGAAGAUACCAAGUGGUUUUCCCACUUUGAAAGGAAACCUGGAGGGACUUUCCUAUAAUAGUGCCAUUGAAACUCUGGGCCAGUGGAAACAUCUUAACUGGACAGCAGUAAAAAAUGAACAAGAUAACGUAAAAGUGAAGUUUGAGCCUCAUACAAAUGGUGAGUGUUUUAUGCAAGAGGAACCUCUCAGUUCUAACACACCAGUUUUAGGCAUUCAAAACAACUGCACCACAAACAGUAGCUGGACUUCAAGAAACUCAAGCUCUUGCUCUGUGAGCCAGCGAAUGAACACAUGUUCAAACAGGAGAGCUGGAUCAUUCUACAACAGAGACCAAAGUAUCUUAAAUUUAGCAUCAACUUGUCCUUCCCACUGGGGGAGUGCAGAAGGCUGCCAGUCUUACUCGGGUGUACAACAGCGCUGUGGGGAGAACUAUGGGAUGGACCACCUGAAACUGCAGAGACCGUUAAUCUCCUCAGAGUCUCUCUAUGACACAGCCUUUCCCCUGGAGAUGCCUAUCAAAAUGGAAUAUGAUUCCGAUUCCGAAAACAUUGCUGAUAACUACCUGACGUCGCAAAACCGAGCCUGGCUGGAUGAGAACAGCUCGGUGAGAAGGCAAGUGUUUAGCUACCCCAACAGAGUGCACCUCAAAACAGAACCGGACCUCUGUGAGCCAGCCUCACCCUGUCAGAAGCCAAGGCACUGCCUUUACACGCCGCAUAAUUGGCAAUGCAUCGUAGCAAAUCAUCCCAACAACCUAAACCUGAACAGAUCUUGCAAGGGCUCACGGAGCAAGGAGGUGGCCCCGUUUUGCCCUCAGAACUCCUCCGGGUGUUUGGAAAGCAUGCCUGACCUGCCGCACAUGGCGUGCUACGGCCACUUCUACAGCCCCAGCCCAGGGGAGGAGAAAGAGCAGAAUAACGAGGUGUUUAAAAUGCCGUGUGAAUUUAAAAACCCCUGCUUGGUUCAAGCAAUCAAGCGCGAGCCCCUGGAUUCUCCACCACUGUCCAACACUGGACAGAGCAGAGUACAUGUGAGCUUCCCUGAAAACACAUUUGCAGGUCCUGUGCCUCAUAAAACCACUGAAUGUACAUUUAUACAAUAGAUUUUAUAACAUUUGGAAUAUUUAUAAUGUUAAAAGCAAGAAGUUGUAGAUUCUCUUCCAGUUGGGUUAAAGGAGUU